AUGGCGGACAGCGCAACAAAGGACUUGACUGGUACCGAUGGAAACGCUUCUGGUGGUCGGAGCCUUCCCGAUGUUGGCUCAACCAUGGGUUCCGUAACAAGUCCGACAGGCCCCAAGUCGAAAAGCAAGAAGAAGAAGGGUAAGGGUAACAGCGAGGAUGAUGAGGAAGACGAAGAGGGAUUUGGGCUCGAUAACGGCAAAGACGUCAAAGGAAGUUUGAAGGUGCACAUCAAGCUCGAUCUGGAAGCGGACAUUAGAAUCAUUGCGAGGAUCAAAGGUGAUAUUGCGAUUGGGAUACUUUCUAUGAAGCACAACCGCGAUAGCGCUACACCCGAUGAUACUUUAAAGCUAGAAGAUGGAGCAAGUUUAGCUACAAUUCCGGUCUCGAAUAAACAAAAAGCCGAGAGCGACUCUACGCCAAAGCCUGCACAAGAAGAAAAAGCGUCUGAAGAGGACAAUACGCCGUUCCGCUUUAUGGAUCUGUCAGGAGGUAAACUCCGAAAUCUCAUAUACGAAUUAACCACACUAGACGAACCCCACGGGCGUGUAAUACGACUAAAGGAAGCCAAUAUCAACUUUGGUGCUCCUGAUCUUCAGCGCCAGUAUCUUGGACUUACCCAAGUCAGUCAAGCCGUCCGAAACGAGUUCCUCCCCUUAUACACGCAAACAUACAAGCAUGAAAUACAUUUUGCCGAUAUUCCUGCCUACCUGGCCUUGUAUCCUCUAGAGGAUGCCAACAUGAUGCAGACCAUGAUCGAUCUGGUCGUAGGUCUCCGCCACAACACGCUCGAGCCACCGGGCUUCGAGGUUAAGUCCCUCAUCACUCUUGAUUGGAGUGAGCUGCCAUUUCAAGUGUUCUUUGCUCGCAGCAACCUUGCAGAUGGGCUGUUACCAUCCGAUACCCGCUUAGUGUCUAUCAGUAAUUUAUUCUACCAAUUUUGUCAUGACAGGAUGGCAAAGGGACCUCUAUGGAUCAUUAGCAAUGGUCUUUACGCGUGUAAUCAGGGGGUUUCCAUCCUGCUACGAAUGAUGGAGAGCUGCAGGAUAGAAAAGAUGGACUCGCGACCCAAUCAGUACCUCGUCACUUUUGUGCUCUCAUCAACAAUCCCCAACAGCCUCACUUGGUACUUCGCAAUCAGAGAGUUUUUCGAUCAAAUUCUCUUGAAUGCGCCAGCCAAAAUUGAGUUUGAGCUCAGGCCUGAACAGCAUUGA